AUGCAGCUGAUGGAAAUAAGUAGAGGAAAGCGAGACAGGCCAGAGUGUUGUAGGUUGUCCAGGUGCUGCCUCUGCUCUGCCCUGUACCUUGGCCAUUUAAAUCUGGGUGAUCCUGACGAGGCUCACCGGCCGCCCUUACAACCGCUAGGGAGCCAUUGCGGGUUGUCUGGGCCUUGCCAUGGCUGUACCAGGAUGGCUGACAACUAUGAAUUCAAUGCACCAAAAUUCUUUGACUUCUCCAAAGGAGACAUUGAGGUGGACGAGUCAUAUUUUGAUACUGUGUCAGAGAUGCCCCAGAAGACAACUGCAGAUUUUAAGGCAACAGGUCAGCUUGUCCUUAAAACAUCAGUAGUUGUUUCUGAAGCAGCAAGUCAUCCUUCCCCAAAGACACCACAUGUUCCUAGAUCAGCAGAUUGUCCUUUUAAGACGCCAACUGUUUCUGAGAGAGUAAGUCAUCCUUCCCCAAAGACACCAGCUGUUCCCAAGACAACAAGUCCUUCUUCCUUCAAAACUCCAGCUGUUCUUGAGCCAUCUCCCAAAACACCUGUCCCAGAGGUAGCCAGUCCACCUGCUGCUGUGUCACUUCCUGCACCAAGGAGCGUGCCAAAGAGAAUUAGUCAAGCCAUGUCAGGUCUGGACACAGUGGGGGUCAGGCAGUCACCACGCCUAGCAGCCAUUGCUAAGGCACUGCGGCGAAAUAGAGCAGCAAGAAAGUCUUUUGGGAAACCUGGCACUGGACAGCAGCAGAACCCCAAGACAGGUGCAAGGAAACGAGGUGUGCGGCGGGUGUCGGGAGUGAUGGGACUCAGUGAGCAGGAUAAAGCUGAUCUGCAGGCCAUUGCAACCUUCAGUCACAAGUCCAGUAGUGAUGCACCUUCCAGCAAGCCAUUGAAGCUCACUAAGCCUGAAGAAUUCCACUUUGCCACUGAUAGUAGACUGCGGGGCUCUGGUGCACCUGCUGCAGCUGAGGCUCCUGCCCCUGCCUCAACCAGGCCUCACUUAGGACCCACCAGGCCUCAGGAGUUCCACUUUGCCACAGAUGCCCGUGUCAAGGGCAAAGGUCCAUCCCAAGGGGAGGAGCAGGAAUAUGUGGACUUCACAAGGUCACUUCGGUCCAGUACAACCUCUUUGAAUAAGGAUACAGGAGUGAGCCGAACAGUUCCUCAACCGUUCAACCUUACCGAGUCCAGGAGAAGGAAUGCAGAGGAGCCAAGCAAGUUUGUUUCUGUUGCCGAGCUGAAUCUCAGGUUCCACACCAAAACACCUCAGAGGUUUAGGACCAAGAGAGCUGGAAGUGAAGUACAUGAUGAUACCAAGAGGAUCAAGUCUAACACUUUGGGCAUCACUGUUCCCCACACGCCACAGCUCACCACCAGGAGUCGCACUCGAACAGUGAACUGUCUCUCACAGCAGCAGAUGGAGAUCAAAGCAUUUGAGGAGGCUCAGAAACACACCUUCAAGGCCAGACCAGUGAACAAGAAGGUCUUAGAAGCACCUAUCCUUGGUGCAAGUGUGGAGAAGAAACUUCCAACUGUGCCAGAGCCAUUCAACAUCACAGACACAAAGAAAGCUGAGGCAGCUUCAGCCUUUAAGAGAGAAGAGCAUGAGCAGGCAGAUGAAUCCAUCCUGUCAGUGAACUCUGUAGGUCAGGGGAAGAAGAGGUCUGCCACCAAAGUAAUGCCUUUCAGUUUUGAUUUGCGAGACAAAACAAAGCAGCAGCAGAAAGAGGAAAAGAUAAAGAAGUUUAUAGAGGAGGAGAAAAGUCUUGCAGAGUUUCAUGCACAACCAAUGCCAGUCUUUGAGAGUGGAUUGUUGGGAGUACCAGCCAAGAGGCCUCCAACCCCCACACAGCCCCAGCCCUUCAACCUGCAGGCAGACCAGCGUGGCAUGGUGAAGCAGGAAAAGUUUAAGGCACAGCUGAAGGAAGAAAGCCAGCUGGAGGCUGAGCAGCGCAAGUUCCGCGCUCGGUCUGGCGAUGUGGUGCACAAAGCUCCAUUUGUCCCAGAAAAGUCCCAACGUCCUUUGACAGAGAUCUCCAGCUUUGCCCUCAACACUGAGGUGCGGGCUGGCAAGCGCAGCGAGUAUGAUCUCCAGCGCAAGGUUCAUGAAGAGGAGAUUCUGAUGGCAAAGAAACUGGAAGAAGAGAGGCAAGCAGCAGAGGAGGCAGCAGAAAUAGCCCGGCUACGGCAGGAAGCAGUGCACAAGGCUAAUCCCGUACCCAAGUUCAAGCCAGUAACUUUACAGCUUCCUCAUCAUCCAGUCACAAUCCCAAAAUCUCCAAGAUUUGCCACGGAAUCCCGUCUUCGCUCAAGAUCACGUGUGAAUUCCACCUUUGAUGUAUCCUCUGCCACAUAUACUGCUGAGUAGUGUGUCUGUGGGGGAUGUGCACAUGUAUGUAAAAUCAGGACGUGCACCCACAGUGGAGUAAAAGUUAUUAUAAACUAAACCAUGAGAAAUAUGCAUGUAAAUUAUUGACACAAGAGAAAAACAAGAUCCUAAGUUAUUUUACAUAAUUAGAAAAUAAAAUACUGAAUACUUGUAGAAGAAGCAUGAAGUAGACUGAUAAAACCCAUUAAAAAAAAAAUCUAAUUAACUUUACAGUGACUGGGAAUUAAGAUUAAAAAAAAAAAGCCUUAGGGUUAUGAGGAUAAUGAAAGAGAGAGUGUUGAUACAUGGUCACAGAUACCACAGAUACCCUUACCAUUCUGCUAAUGUUCUGCAAAGCAUAAAGUACUUCUCAUUCAGGCAGUUAUAUGAAAAAUCUGAUUUUAAGAACUUGUUACUAAAGGGAAAGAUCUUUCUACCGGAGCUCCUGUAUUUGGUGAUGUGUAACAAUUUUUCUUUUGUGGAAAAAUGUAAAGGUUUAACCUGUGAACAAUCAAUGUAUGCAUGGCAACUUAAAAUUUUUACCAAUAGUGCAUCUCAUAUGCAUGUGUUUUAUAGCUGCAAAUGACGUAAAUCUUUCUUGGGUUAUAGAGAAGGUAGCAUGAUUGGUAAUGAUGGUGCCAGUUUGUGUGGAUGGUAAGAAAAAAAGCAAGGCCAAGGCUCUUAUGUUCAAAAUAGUGUAACAACUGAACUUCAACAUUGCUUAUGAGUAGAAUGAUCUUUCAUGAUCAGAUGUAUUUUUUCUCCAGUAUAAUUUAUCAGACAACCACAAAAGCUUUAGUCUGUGAAUGACCAACUAGUGGUGGGAGGAAUGCCACAGUAAUCACCCUUCCAGCCCUUUCACACGAAGACUUGAGUGAUUCAUGAUGUAGUAGGUCAAUCCCCUCAGACCCUGUAGAUCAAGGCUGGCUGCUUGAUACCUUUGUCCCUGAUAACACUUCACUCUUACAGAAGUGAAUACAAGGAAGAGGAAUUCCUACUCUAGCAACAAGUUCUUUCAGUCUUUUAUUCACUAGCUACAUCAUUCCACUCCAUGUGGCUAUUGCAUGAGAAUAGUACUAAUUAGAACAAUCCUGCUCUCUUGAAAGAAUUGAUGUGUCCAUCACUACUAUAUUGCACCCUGUAGUUGAAAUACUGCAACCAUAAUCCAUGCUACUGAUGAUGAUGGUUGAGAGAAGAGUGACACUGCAGUUAAAACAAGCAAGGCUGAUAUGUAAUUUGCAGAGACAAUAUGAGAUUGAAGAGUAAAGAUAUAUGGCUUUUUUAAAGUUGUGUGUGGUAAUAAAUGUCUUCUAGGAUAUAUAUAUAUAUAUAUAUAUAUAUAUAUAUAUAUAUAUAUAUAUAUAUAUAUAUAUAUAUAUAUAUAUAUAUAUAUAUAUAUAUUAUAUAUAUAUAUAUAUAAGCUGUCUGGAAAUAAGUUUUCUUUGUUUUAGAUCUUAAAGAAUUCUUAUGUUUAUAUGUUGUAAUCCUUUUCUCUGUAGCAUAGUGGUGAAGUUUUUAUUCCACAUGUUACAUUGUAUAAUUUACAGGAAUGGCUUGUGCAGAUGUAUUACUAAUAGUUUAUUCAUUUAGCUUUAUUGCUUAUGUAAUAUUAGGAUUUCCAGACCAGGAAUAUACUCUCAAACAUGAUAACAUUCUCUUCAUAAUCUUGUACCACUGUCAUAUUUUAUUGAUUUUUCAUUAGCUGAUUCUUCCCCUGCUUACCAUAUGCUAUGGACUUGCUGUCACUUUCAGUUAACUGUAUUAAUUCAUACUUUAAAUACUUAAUAAUUUGAAGGAAGCUGGCUUGGCUCUGCACAAGGAAGUUUGUCAUUGUUUUGCAUUUGUAAGCAGAGACAUGGUUAGCAUCCUUUCCACUUUCUCAUUAAGUGGGGAAGAAAUUGGCAUACAUGUGUACCAAUGCUUUAUUCAGUUAACCUAUUAUAGUUACUGUGUAUAUAUAUAUAUAUAUAUAUAUAUAUAUAUAUAUAUAUAUAUAUAUAUAUAUAUAUAUAUAUAUAUAUAUAUAUAUAUAUAAUGGCAUAUACCUGAUACUUUGUAUCUUGUCAAACAUAAUCAGUGCCUUAGGAAGCAGAAUAGUGUGUGCAUAGUGUUAUGGAAAUGGUGACCAGGAAUUGUGUCUUUCUAUUAGUAGCAGCUGAAUAUAGUUUUUACAAUAAACCUUGUAUGGGCUUCAUGAUGUGAAAAGGAAAGAAAAAGAAAUCCCCUUGAUUUUCACCCCUCAAAAAUGUAAACAUUUUUAAUUUAGAAUUCCCCAUUCUAGUUAAUCAUUGACUGUAUGACUGAUCUCUUUGAAUGGUUUGUUUCUUAAAAAAAUUUACUUUUUUCACAGUGUCCUGUAGUGAAGCAACAUCCAUGGUGGCAAGCAAAGGAAAUGACAAAUUGCAAACUGAAACAUGAUUAAUUUCAGCUAGCUUUAUUGUUAUAUUUGUCCUCAUAGUGCUACACUACAUAUUUUAUCAUGCUGUUUAUUAUUACCUCAGCCAAUCUCUCUCUCUCUCUCUCUCUCUCUCUCUCUCUCUCUCUCUCUCUCUCUCUCUCUCUCUCUCUCUCUCUCUCUCUCUCUCUCUCUCUCUCUCUCUCUCUCUCUCUCUCUCUCUCUCUCUCCACAUCCCACAAUGGUUCACUCACCACAGCCACUCACAUAUACUUUCACUCCUCCCUGCCUCCCUUUCCCUCUUUCUGUGGAAGUCUUCUCACUGAGGUCUUCUGUAUGAAAGGGUAAACUUAUAUGUUUUAAUUUCCUGAGUGCUGUUACUCCCUUUUUAACUUUGCAAAUAGAACAGUAAGAAAUAGGACUGCUGCUUUUAGAACUGCUAAUAGGAAACAAGAAAACAAGACUGCAGCUUGCGGGAAGGAACAAGUUUCAGUCUCUGGCUGUAAGAAAAUGUUUGUUUUGAAAGUAUGUCAGGCUUCAUGAGUAAAUGAGGGUGUGUUGGCAAAAUGCUUCAAAGGAGUGAACCAACUACAGUAAAAAUAGUCAAGUUUGUGAAAUUCAUGGUUUAUAUUUUGGAGAUAUUUGUGAUAUUACUAUAAAGUAGCUGCUGCAUUAGAGGACUGACAUUAUUGUUUGCUUUUUAUUGAAGCAAAUGAAUUUAGUAAUGAAGAAACAGAACUCAUUAUAUAGUUAAGAAGUCCUUUUUUUUUUUUUUUUUAUGUAAUUGAUUGCUUAUUUAUGCCACAUUAUUGUCAAUAGGUUGGCAUUGGUUUUGUAAACCUUGAUGAAUUAAAUGAUUUUAGAGCAU